CAAGGCUAAUAACCCACCCCACCGCGUUAUCCCCCAUUCCCCCCUUCUCCAACUCCUUGCUUCAUCAAACCCUAGCCUCCACCAAAGAAAGCAAACCCUAGCCUCCACCAAUAGUUUUCGCCGUCUGUCGGAGUGAGAGACUGCUGCCGCCGUCUAUCGCACUCAAGAACUUCCGUCUUCGUGCUCUCGGGCCUCUCGCCGGAUCCUCCACGUCGGGUGCUCGCAUCUCGCCGUUCUCCUCUGUGCUCGGCUGCUCGCGCCUCCCUCCGCCAGUGAGUGCUCGAGCUGUGCGUGUUGGUUGCUGCUCGUCGUCCGUGGUUGUCUCUGCUCGAUUCUGCCUCCCAGCCUCACUCGAGUCUCGUCUCAGUCACUGGCAUCUCGUGGUUCAUCUGUCUUGUCGCCGGCGGCAGAAGCAACUCGUGGGGUUGUCUCUUGCUUCGUCGCCUUCCGUAGGGUGGUCGCCGACUCGCCGUCGACCGUUGGCACAGCGUUGGGAGCUCACCUCAGCUCACCUCGGUUCAACGCCACCGUACGCUCGCCGCCGUCGGCGCGCUUCUCGCCUGAUCCUCCGCGUCGUGUGCUCGCGAAUCGCGUCUCGCCUCUCUCCUCCAUCUGUGCUGUGUGCUCGGAAGCUUGCGUCUCACCACGCCUCCACCAGUGAGUGCUCGAGCUGUGCUUCUUGCAGCCGUGCAGCGUGUCGUCGUCGUCCACCAUCACUGCACCCAACGCCUGGUGUGCUCCACUGUUCGCGUCUUGUCUCUCUUCCUGCAGCUCCCUGGUGAGUGCUCGCGUCUCGUCGCACCUCCGCCCCUCCCUCGCCUCUCUUCCGUGGUUGUUGCUGCCUGAACUGCUGCUCGUCGUCCACCUUCUGCCUCUGUAACAACAGGUUUUUGGGUUGUAGUGAUGGUGGAGGAAAGUGGGAGGAGGAAGAGGCCAAACAUUCUGGUGACGGGUACCCCAGGGACGGGGAAGACUACGACAUGUACUGCUCUAGCUGAAGCCACACAGCUUUGCCACAUCAAUGUUGGGGAUUUAGUCAGAGACAAGAACUUACAUGAUGGCUGGGAUGAUGAGCUUGAUUGUUUUGUCCUUAAUGAAGACUUGGUCUGUGAUGAGCUUGAGGAUCAAAUGGAAGAAGGGGGAAAUAUAGUGGAUUAUCAUGGGUGUGAUUUCUUUCCUGAGCGAUGGUUUGAUUGUGUUGUUGUACUUCAAACUGAUAACACCGUGCUGUAUGACCGCUUGAGUAGGAGAGGUUACAAUGAAUCAAAGCUUUCUAACAACAUAGAAUGUGAAAUCUUUCAAGUUCUACUUGAGGAAGCUAAAGAAAGUUACCCAGAGGACAGAGUGAUUGCUAUGAAGAGUGACACCAUUGAAGAUAUUAAUAGAAAUGUUUCAACUUUGACGGAUUGGGUAAGGAAUUGGCAUCUUACAUCCUAGAUUCCUAGUCAUAUAAAAAAGGGGCGAAAAUGGAAAAGAAAAGAUAUUAAUUUGUAGAAACUUUCAUGUAACAGUGUGAUAAAAAAGAAAUAUGUAUUAUGGAUAUUUA